CUUGCAUCGGGAUACCCUAUACCAUGUAACAACAAACAACACAUCGUCCCGAUAAUGGUCGAUACUGUGCUCCGGAUACGCGGUAUAAUCGCGUUGUGUCCUCGACGAACGACCUAUUGAGACGUUGCGAGAUGCGAUGACGUAAAUUAUUCAAAGAUUGUGGAUGCAGGAUCGGCAUGCGUUGCGCGCGGCUGCGUAGUUUUGGAGGACCGUGCGGUGCUCGCGUAGGUGCGAGAAAAGCGCGGGAUUCCGUGACGCAGGAUGCCGCGGCAACGCGUCACGACGAUAAUCUACCAAGUGAUUGAAAAAGUCAAUGAUCCUAACUCCAAGAAUGCCAAGUACAGCGUUUAUUUUUAUGGUACAGGAGAAACGGCUGUUUGCAAAGUUGACGAAUUAUACACUUAUGCUGAAAAUAAGGAAAAAUAUGGCAAACCUAAUCGACGGAAGUUCUUUCACGAAGGCAUACAGCAACUUGAACAAGAACUUAAAAACGAUCGAAACAAGCCUCUGGCAGAUAUUGCUGCUAUUAAAAGUGCUGAAGCAGCAGAAUUACCAACGGUCAGUGCUACAGAUAGUGACAUGGAAACUGGUUCCUUGAUAAUUGAUGAAGGAGAAAAAAAGAAACCUGUUAAGAGAAAAGCUCUCACUGCCACCAAUACCCCGCAAGACACUCCUGAAGUGAAGAAAAAACGUGGGAGAGGAAAAGCCUCUAAUGAUACAUCAAAACAAGAAGCUGCUUUAGAUUCACAAGGCGAGGAGUCUCCUAAAGAGGUGGUUAGUCGUAGCGGGCGCAAGAUUAAACCAAAACGUUUUGCAGAUUUUUCAAGUUCUGACGAGACCGAAACCAAUACAGAACAUUCUGGUCGAGGUCGUAAAGCGAAAAAUGAAGAUUCUAAUGAGCAUCAAAUAAAUGUAACGCCAAAUGUGACACAUAAAAAAAGAGCUGCUAUUGAAAAAAGAAAUAAUGAAGGAUUGAUACUCGAUGGGACUAUAGUAUCGAGUAGUACAUCUUCUGAUACACCAAACAGAGUUGUUUUAGUUCGUACAUUUGCCGGAGAAUAUGUAGGCAUUAAGCUGGAUACAGACAGGCCAAAAUCAUUCGAAAAUGAACAAGCUCGAUCACAAUGGGAUUGGCAAACUGCUAGGAAUGCUAUGAAACUCAAAUUACAAUUAGAAACCGGUGAAAUUUUGCCAGACCAAGUGAAAGAUUCUCUAGACUUUAAUGUUCCCGUCCCAGAAGAUGAAAAACAACCUUUGACAAAAGAUGGUUCUGUUAAUCGUUUCAAAACAUUUAAACUGAGGUGGCUUCGUAUAGAGGCUCAACUUUUACAAUUAGAUGCUCAAAUAAAAACUAAUCUUGGACUGGAGCGAGCUAAUACAGAUCAAUGCUUACAAGCAAUGGAUAAUAUCUUGACUCUUGCAAUUGAUCCUUUAAUGCUAAAGAAACAUCCUCAUAUUGUUGAAACAGUGAAAAGACUACGACGAUAUAUUGGGAACUUAGGAGAGUGGAAAUUAAAUGACGAAGAAAGGACUAUUUUUCAACAAAAAGCAGAGCUAAUUAGACAAAAAGCUGAACAUAUAUAUAAUAAAUAUAAGGCUAUGUUUACUAUACCUGAGGGUCAAUCAUUUUGGCAAUCAUUUAAUGCUCAAGUGGUCCAUUUUAAAAACUUAACAAAAGACAUGUCUGAGGAGAAGGUGUUUUCAUUGAUGUCUGAUCCUGCUUUAACAUCACAAGGAGGAAAUUCAGAAAAGGGUAUAUCAGAAGACUUACCUGCAGAUAAUAGUAGUAAUCAACUGGAAACGAAUACAACGACUAAAGCAGAAUCAGUAGUGGAACCAUCAGGGAAAAAAGCACAAUGCGAACAAGAACCGGAAACAGAACCUCUGUUGGAACCAAAUGCAGAAACCGAAUCAGUAGCACAAGCAGAGACAAAUACAGAGUCAGAAUCAACCGCUGAAAAGAAAGUAGAAGCAGAAGUGCCUACUAGAAAUGAGAGUCCUAAAGAUGAAACAGCCAAGUAACAUAUGUAAACUUUUUUAUCUGAUAAUGUAAACUUUUGCUUAUGUUCUUGUCUUGUAUAUCGUUACGGUACUAAAAAAAGAACAUUACAGUUAAAGUAUCGGGCGCAUUCAUAAACUGAUAUUAUAGUUGAUACGAUUUUUUAUUAUCCUUUUUCUGUGUUUCAUGUGUAAACAAAUUAUUGUUUAAUAAUGCAUUCUUAUAGAUGAAUUCUAUUAAUAUAAUUACAGAGAUAAUGAUAAAAUUUGGUAAAAUUUAAUAGGAGAUAAUGGUAAAAUUUAAUUUAUUUAACGAAAUGUAACUAGCAUGCUAUCUUUUAUUUAUAGCUUUUAUCACUUGAAUUUCAAAUUAAAAUGUAUCAGUAUUCAUGCCUAUUACUAUUCUUAUUUCUCAUUUUAUAGUUAUUUUCUUAUAGUGUAUGAUAGCAGUCUCAGGGACGAUUAGUCUCAAGAUCGUUAAAAAUUCUUUAGAUGUAUCAUUCGCAAUCUCUAAUGGAUAAUGCGAGAAAUUAUUAGCAGAUUAAAUAUAAUUAAUACUAUUAAAUUUUAUUCUGUUUUGUUUAGAUCUACAUUGUAAUAAAUUUAUAUACAUAAAAAAAAAUAUAUAUAUAUAUAUUUAUUUUUUAAUAUAAUAGAAUUUUAUUUGUAUAUAAUAUUAUGGUUACUAUUCUGACAUUGCUUUGGUUUAUCCUUAUUAUUCAUCAAAUAUUAAAUAAGGGCGAAAUGAUGCUUAUCUUUACAUUUACAAACACUGAGCGCCAAAGCACAGCCUAUAUAUGUUCACAUAUUUUUAAAAAUAAUUAUAUGUGUUAAUAAUAGUAUUUUAUAAUAUAAUAUAAAUUAUAAUAUAUAUAAUAUAUAAUGUACUUUUAAACAAUGAAUGAUAUAUGUUAAGAACUUUUAACAAUCUCAGAUUAGUUCCUGAAAAUAAGGAUUGCAUGCUAUAAAACAACUAUGAAAUUAGGAGUAGAAAUGACAAUAAGAAUAAAUACCGAUACAUUUAACUUUAAAAUUUUUUAAUUUUAAUUUCAAAACUACAAAUCCUGAACAGUACUGACCUAUAACAUAUGAUAUAAUAUUUACAUGCACAACUAUGUGAUAAGCAUUAUUUAAAUUUUACUGGAUAAUUAAACUUUAUUUCAGUUAUAUAAACAUGAGUUUAUUAAGUAUAUUUAUUUUUUAUAUCUACAUUACAUAUAAAUAACAAAUUAAAUAUAUUUAAUAAACUCAUAUCAAUUAUGUAAGUAAUGAAAGUAUAAAACAGAAAUUAACUCUUACACAUACAAACAGUGCAAAUAACGGUUGUUACAAUAAUUCUGGUAAUAAUAUUACCGAGUGAAGAAGUACGAAUUAUAAAAGUAUUUUAAGAUAAUUCUGAAUGCGAUCGAUAUCACUUUUGUGCACAUGAAAUUUAAGUUCUCUUUUGAAUAAGUUGUGUUAUAUUUUAUUUCAUAAAUUUAUGAGCAAAUAUUUAUAUUAUAUGAUCGCGAUACACUUACAUGAUGCAAUAUCUGUAAUCACCAAUUGGACAAUAUCGAGUAAAUAUAUUCACUGUCAGAUAUUAUCGAAUAAAAAUGGCUGGUAGUGAAUAAUAUUAGAUGAAUCAUAGUAUUUUUAUCUGACAGUAGCGUAAUACUGUCAUGUAUCGAAAUACUAAUCCAUAUAUUCAGCCAGUGCCAUGAAAGAAAUUGUAAAGAGCACAUAACAAUAUUACUGUCACACGAAACUUACUUAUUUAAUUAAUUAUAAUUGAUGUUAACAGAAUGAAUACCAUAUUGCAUAAGAAUCAUAGCUCAAUGAUACAGAUAUAAUUUUUGGCACUUACAUUUUGUUUUUAAUGCAAAUUUUUCAGCUUUGUCGUCUUUUAGUUCUCUAUAUUAAAUAGAAAAGCAACAUUACUUAUAUUUAUCGCAUUUUUAAGAUAAAAAUAUAUAUUAUUGUAUGUCAAUGUUUCUUUAAAAAUAUCCCUGAUAUGAUAAAUAUGAUAUGACAAGUACAAUUGUUCGUAAAAUAUUGUCAUUCUUUUAUUUUAUAUAAUUGAAUUAUUAUUGUCUUAAUUAAAAUCGUUGCUAUUACAAUAAAAUUAUAAAAUAUUUGUAAAACAGUAUCGAAAUUGUACAAAUUAGAUAAGUUAACAAACAAUUUUCUAAUAUCACACUUAUUAUGGGCGACAUGUGGCAAUUACUGUAAACAUUUAAUGAUUGGUAAGUAUUAAACCUUAUUUUGUAAUUAAUAGUUACAUAUCCAAUAUAUUCAAGAAAAUAUCAAGAAGUUAUUGACGAUGUAAUUUUUGUAUCGAAAUGUUCUUGUCAAUAAUCAAAAUAAACUAUUGUAGCAGAGA